ACCACCGGCUUCAGUUCACUCGGAGAAGUCGUGGAUGAGCGGACUCGAGCUGUUUCUCAUUUCAAAUUUUCUCUCACAUUUUGUAAAAAUUAAAUCUUGAGUAGCGAAUAACUAAGGCAAUUCCUCAAGAGUUGAAGUGGGAUAAUUAAGAACGGACGGCAAAUAAUCGCAAAUUCUGAAGCGAGUAAAACGCAUCGUCCAAUUUCCGCAACAAAUUCUACUAAAAAUCUGAAAACCUAUUUUUCUUGGAAAUAUUUCGCGGUCAAAUUAUUAUCUGAGAAUGUCGCGGUUGAACUAUCUGAAUCUGGUGAUAUUUAUUUACCUCCUGUUGGACACACACCAAUGUGUCGAGAGUGCACCGUCCCCGAAGGCAUUCAGACUCUGCUCGAAGAGCCUCAGCGAUGCUCUCAACCUCAUCUGCCUUGGUCGGGGGUACAACGAGCCCUUCUCCUACGGCGACGACAUAGAGUCGAACAGCAGGGACUGGUCCUUAAGUACGGGAAUCAUCCGGGACUGCUGCAAUCAGCCGUGCAGUUUUGAGCAGCUCGAGCAGUACUGCAAGCCGCGUCCAUCUGAAAAAAAAUCAAAUAGUGGAAUCAAGGACUCACUGAGGGUAGCGAACCUGCCGUUUUUAUUGCGCCGGCAGAUAUCUGAAGAGGGGAUGGCGAACGGGCAGAUAGAGACCUCAACUGAAAACAACCCAGAAGAAAAUCUCUGAAUCCGUAAUCGACACGAUUCUAUCAAAACCCAAGGGCUGACUUAUACUAUUUCCAUGGAAACCUCACGCAGAUUACUGCCGACUUACGCGUAAUUUCCCUUCUAACAUAUUCAAACUCCAAAUCAGUGUAAGGAGGUCUGUAACGAAUCCACGGACCGAUAAAAAUCCAGCAGAUUCCGAGAAAGAUUGAACUCAGUCGGAAUCGUCUGGAUUUCACGGUGCACGAACUCUCCUCACUGAAAAACCAUGAUAAAAACGAGUGAAACACCGAAGUCCAGCAAAUAUUGGGUCUAUAACAUACCACGAUGUACUUCAUAGACGUAUUCUCUUCAACAAAAGUUAUCAAACAUUGUUUUUUUCAUAACAUCCACGAAUUCUUACGUUUCACGACGCUGACUGAUUUCAUUAGUAUUAAAUGGAUUUAUUUAAAUAAUUCCACGGUUUCAGCGACAUGGGUCUUCUUUAAAUAAAUACAUUGAAUAAAUAAUAA